CUCGACCAGCCCACUCUUUCCUUACCUAAGCACAGAAAGAGGCGGAACUUGAUGACGUUAGAAACGGUCGCGGUAGUUUUCAAAUGUUCCAUUAAACCGGGAAGGAAGGUUUACAAAUACAGUAAUGGAAGGCCGGAGUUUGAACUAUAGUUUAAGACAGAAAAAAGAAGCGGAGGAUCCUAUGGUGCGUGCUCAUCAGUAUUUUGACGAUGCCAAGCCUGGCAUAUUGUGGAAGGGAAAUGAUAUUCUCGAGAUGCAUCUUACAAACAUAGAGAACCAAGCAUUCGGAUGGGGAUUAAGUCCUGUGCUUAUUGAUGUCCUUCUAGAUUUUGCACUGGGUCUCAAAGCAGGCAGAGCAACAAGUGCACGUAUCAUGAAGUGCUUGAUUCCAGCAACAGUAGUGCCAGAGAACUCAUUGAUUAAAGGUGUUUCUUGGAUAUGUGUGGGCACACUGCCAACAAACUUACAGAUCACAUUUUUCCGCUGGUUUAUCACCAUGUUUGACUUCAUUGACUCAAAGGAACACUUGAAUUCUCUUUAUGGGAUUUUAUUUUAUUUUCUACAAGAUGAGAACUUGUGUCCAUAUGUUUGCAAUUUACUUUACCUAUUAACUACUAGAGAAAAUGUUAAACCAUACAGAGUGAGAAGAGUUAUGGACCUUUAUUCAAAAAUAGGAAUGCAGCCAUAUUUUAAGGAUUUAUUAGCCUUGUAUAAAGUUUUACGUCCAGACCUUGUGUCAAUAUCCAUACCUUCUCGGAGCAAGAAUUCUUUUAAAAAUGCAGAUACCACAUGGAAAGCAGCAAUCCUUGCAGUACAGAAAAAGAAAAAAUCUGAAGUAUCAUUAACCUUGACAGAGAGUUCAGAUCUUAAAAAGCCAAGAAUGCUAUUGUCCCGGAAGAGGAAAUAUAAUAAAAUGAUGACUGUGCCACCUGUAGAAAGCAGACUUCCUGAAACAACCUCCCUUUCAUUUGUGAACUUGACCAGACCAAAAAUGUUUCCAAUAGUGCAGCUUACCAGCUUUCAGCAGCUACUGCAAAAUAUUGAUAAAAUAGAGCUGCCAUCACAAAUGGGCUCAGUGCUGAACUCGCACCUUCUUCUCCAUUACAUUAAUUGUGUGAAAGAUGAUUCUGUAUUUCUUAGAUUUGACUAUUGGCUAGGUCACACACUUAAUGAAGAGUUUCUGCACUGUAAAUAUGCUAGCUCUUCAAUGGAAGUUCAGGAUUUCUUUAAUAAACUGAUAACAGCGCAAAGUUUUUUGCAGGAGGGUUUCCAUAGUAGUGAGAUGUUUGUUUACAAGUUCCUGCAAGUUUGGGAUACCUCUUUGUACCGAACCCAAAUACUUAGCCUCUUGAGUUGUGUGUCUGUAGGACAAAAAGCAGACUUGAUGCAGCCUCUCUAUGAACCUUUGACAUCCUUGUUCUUUAGCUCCUCUGUAUACUUUAAGUGUAGUUUGUUUGACUGCUUAAACAACUUGUUAGUCAACUGGUUGACUUGGCAUUCUGUUUAUGCUACUGAUGCUGUUGAUAUGAGUCUUCCUGGUCAUUCUCCAAUGAACAUGAACCUUUCCGUUGUAGUAAAGUCUAUUUCUGAGCUGAUUGAGUUUGUGGGUCGCAUUGCUACCAUUGGACUGCAUCUUGAAGGGUAUCAUACCCUUUUUCUUCAUUUUGUACUAAAUUUCUAUGAAACGGUUUGUGAUAUGUAUUUACUUUAUGAUCUUCCCUUGGUUAUAAUGCCUCCUGCUGGUGUAUUUUACCCAGCUCUCCUGAGCAUGGAUGCCAUCAAUUUAAAUCAGCUGUGUCAUAUCAUGUACAGGUACAGAGAGAAUCUUGUUGCUGCAAAAAAUCCUGAGCUGCAAUCUAAGAGGCGACUUUACAUUAGCAGUGCAACAUACAAAGAAUGUAAUCAGUAUGUAGUAACUAUGGUAAACUAUCUAUGGAACUCAAAAGCACAUGUAAGCAGUAAUACAUUGGAUACAGGGUUAAAUUUUGAAAUACUGAAGAAAGCCAACAUUACAGAUUUUAAGAAGAGAUUUAAUGUUGUGUAUCAUCCAGCACUAUUUGGAUAUGCCCUUGACUUUUGUAAAAAGUGUUGGACAAAUAAAGGACAAUCAAACAUAAACUCUAUAAAGGGAAAGUACUGGGAUUACUAUCUGAAAUAUCUUUACAGUCAAAACUUAAGGGGACUGAAAGAAUUUAUUGAAAGCAGUGUUUCCAGAAAAGCUGAGAGCACAAGUGAUUGAUUAAAAGGAGGGCUUCCUUCUUGCAUGUUUGAAAAACAUGCUAAUGUACUGCUAUUUAUUUGUCUUGUGAAUAUUUUAUUUGUCUCGCAUUUGCACAUUCUGGUUUCUUUAAUAGCAGAGAAAGCUAAAAGACGCUCAUGUACAUAGUCUGUAAAUAUGUAAUUUCUCCUGUUUAUAUACUUUCAAUUGCAAAUAAAAAUUUUGAUACCUAA